AUGGAAGCUUAUAACCAAGGCGACAAUAGCCAACCUCAAGGGCAUCAACCUCAACCAUCUCAUCAACCUGAGCAGCAGCAUUUUGAACAAGCCAUUAACAACGUCAUUUCAAACCCUGGCGACCAUGCUCCCGCUCAAGACCAUGAAAUUCAAGCUGCUCAAGAGUCUUAUCAACAGGUCAUCAACAAUCCUCAAGAAGCCAUCAACUCUCCUGAUCAUGUCGGUAAUGCUGCUGCUGUACAAGCCUUGCAACAUAACGCCGAAAAUGGUGGCGAUCUGAAUGAUAUGAUUCAAACUGCCAUGAGUGUCGCCUCCACUCUUUUUAGCAAGAGCGAAGAUGGUGAUAACUCUAAGAAGAUCCAAGCUCUUCAACAAGCUGCUCAAAUGGCUAUAAAAUUGUAUUUAUCUAUGCAAAACAAGAAUGGUGAGAAUAACGGUAGCAUUAAUGGUGGCGGCAGUGAUAUUGGUAGUUUGUUGGGUAAUUUGAUGGGUUCCGCUAAUGGCGGUCAAGCUGGAGGAGGUGGUAGUAUUGCUUCCAUCGUUGGACAACUCUUGGGUGGUGGUAACAACAACAACAACAACAACAACAACAGGACCAACAAUGGUACCGCUGCUAACAAUAGUGAACCAGAUCAACAACAACAACAAAAGCAAGACGGCCCCGACUUCGGUUCUAUUGCCGCAAACUUGGUCGCUAAAAUGAUAUCCUAA